AUGGAAACUAUUAUUCAUAAAGAGAUGUCAGUUUUCCGGGAUCAUAUAUGGGAUUCUAAAAUUGCAGCUUAUAGAAAGGGUUAUAGCUGUCAACAUGUCCUUUUACGACUUGUGGAAGACUGGAAGCUUGCUUUAGAAAACAAGCAACAAGUAGGGGCCAUUCUAAUGGACCUUAGUAAAGCAUUUGACUGUCUCCCUCGUCAGCUGAUAAUUGCCAGGCUGAGAGCCUAUGGCAUGUCAGUGGAAGGAUGUGCUUUCAUCUGGUCUUAUCUUACAUCUAGAAAGCAGAGAGUCAAACUAUCUGGGCAUGUUAGUGACUGA